AUGUGGGAAAAGUAUUCUGGAAAGCACAUCCUGAUUACCGGUGGUUCAGGAUUCCUGGGCACUGCACUCGUGCACCGAAUUAUUACCAAGGCCCCGACAGUCGGUCGUAUAUAUAUCAUCUGCAGAAAUGGUCGCUUGAGUCUCGAGGAGAAAUGGAAGCAGUGGCUUCACAACGAAGAUGCUGAAAAGCUCUGCAAAGCAACCAACAUCACUGUAUUGGAUGAUGAUAUUGUUGAGAUGGACAUGUAUACUACCCUGUCGACACUCCAGCCGCAGAUCAACGUUAUCAUCCAUGCCGCUUCUUCAAUCAAUCUGGCCCGCCCGUUGGGGAAGAUCAAGGACAUUAUCAUUGGCGCCAGUGAAAAGCUUGCUGGCUUUGCCCUGGAAUGUGUUUGCCCUGGAAUGUGA